UGUUGGUCCACCGUCAAUUCUCUGCAUAAUUUCUCCUACCUCGGACUCAUGAGGCAAUUUUCGAGGUCGCUGCCCCAGAGGGCGCGUCUUCAUGUUCCUCGUGCCUUGUCUCCCUCCCACCACACCCUACAUGGCGUCCAUACCUAUGCGCGGACGGCCGCGGUGCUGCGGGCAAACUCCGCGCUCACCACCGGACCUCGUCCGACGUUGAAUCAAGCGACAAUUCCCUUCGGAACUGACCAGAAGAGGUGGAUUACCCAAAAAUACAAACAACGCAUGAAGGAUGCAGAACAGGAAUGGAGUCUUUUCGCGCAGCAGAUCAAGGAGGGGAAGAGAAAGAGUUUCGUCCAGCAUCUCGAAGACAGAGGGCUGUUGCACGACGUUGUCGGCGACCGAGAUCUUCUUCACCGUUUGUUCACCGAGAAGAGGGUCGGUAUCUAUGCCGGCGUCGAUCCCACCGCUCCCUCGCUGCAUGUUGGGCACAUGUUGCCAUUCAUGGUCCUGGCAUGGGGCUACGUGUUCGGUCUCCCCGUCAACUUUGUUCUUGGCGGCUCCACCAGCCGCGUCGGUGAUCCCACCGGGCGUUUAACCGGGCGAGAGCAGGUCCAGAGCUCGGUCCGGAAAGCAAACAUGGCGUCGAUGCACAUUCAGCUGAAGCGGCUCGGCAAAAGCAUCGAGCAAUAUGGCAGACGGCAUGGCUAUGAGAGGCAAUGGGCUUGGAGGCGGAACCUUGUCAACAACAAUACGUGGUGGGGCAGUCUUACCUUCAUGGAGGUCAUGAAGGAUAUGGCGAUUCACAUGCGCCUCGGCCCCAUGCUCGGUAGGGAUACUGUGAAGAACCGGCUGGAGAAAGGAGACGGCAUGUCCAUUGCAGAGUUUAUCUACCCGUUGAUGCAGGCAUGGGACUGGUGGUAUCUGUUUCGGAAGGGUGUACAGGUCCAGGUUGGAGGCGCCGAUCAGUAUGGGAAUAUCCUGUUCGGCAUGGAAGCUGUCAAGAUGACCAGCCGAAACGCUCUCUAUGAACAGGAUCGGAAUCCUCUGGAGAAUGAACUAGACCGGCCUAUCGGACUCACGACACCCCUGCUGACCAGUCCUUCCGGAGAGAAAUUCGGCAAGUCGGCGGGCAAUGCGAUCUGGCUUGACAAGGACAUGACAUCUACAUUCGAGUUAUACCAGUUCUUCGUCCGCACGCCCGACGACGUCGUAGAGAAGUACCUGAAGAUGUUCACUUUCUUGCCUUUGCAACAAAUUGAAACGAUUAUGGCGGAGCAAGCUCUCGACCCGUCCAAGCGCGUGGCUCAGCAUGCUUUAGCUGCAGAAUUCGUGGAACUCAUCCACGGCAAAAGCGAAGCGGAAGCGGUUGCCCUUCAACACCGCCAGCUGUUCCGGCCCCGAAAUUCUACUGGUGAACCCAGUCCUCCGCCCAAGACCCCGAAGCCUCAUCCCAUCCCCCAGUCGCCAUAUGCCGCAGAUGCCAACCCGGCAGCAGGCAACAAAUACGCCCCUCACACCACUUUCGAGAACAUGCCGUCUCUCCGCUUGGAGCUUCCCAGAUCUGUCGUCCUGCAGCAACCCCUGCACAAGAUCCUCUGGUCUGCGGGGCUGGUCAACUCCAAGAGCGAGGGUCACCGUCUGGCAGCGAACGGUGGAGCUUAUGUUGGGAGCCGCUCCAGUGGGCAUGGAACGAUGAGUGACUCUCUGGAGUUUGUGCCUAUUGACGUCUGGCUUCCGGAGAAAACCCGAGAGUUUAUUGUUGAUGGAGAUCUUCUCUUCCUCAAGAUCGGCAAGUGGAAGCUUAAGAUUGUGAAGAUCAUCAGCGAUGAGGAAUACGCACGGAAAGGAUUGACCUGCCCGGGCUGGGAGCCUGACGUCGUGAAAGCGCAGGCCGCGAAACCCGCGGCCCUGUGGAGUUUGAGGUAG